AUGCAAGGUCCCUAUGAGAGGAGCAACACGUCGUCUGGAGGCUCAGAACGCUUUUAUGCAGAUAGGCGUGACGCACAAGAGAUGACCAGACCUUCACCCCUAGAAUCUCACAGGACUUGGAGCAAUGACUAUGCCCCGGGUCCGGGAGGCAAAGAUCACAGCAAAGGCUUUCUCAGUAAGUUUAUGAGGAAGAGGCAUGAGCACAAUCAGCCCCAAUCAGAUGAACAUCCUUUGGAGUCACCGACAAGCCCUGGUCCAUUAAAGCUAUUUGCAAGACCAAGCGCGAAUGGUAGCGACUCGGCACUAUUCCAACGCCCCGCUUCUGUCACGAGUGAAGAUGAGAAGGCACUGAUAGCCGGUCGUCGAGGACCCAAUGUAUCAAGAAGAUACAUUUUUGUGACGCCAGACGGUUGGAACUACCGGCUUGUGGACGUUACGGAAGUGGAGACGGCCAUCGCCCUUCGCAGUCUCAUCUGUAUCGAGCUUGGGAUACCAGACGCCGAAUAUGCACAGAUUUUUAUCACCGAGCCCGGUCAAACAGAGCACGAAACGGCACUCUCGGACGGUAUGCUUGUCGCCAUACGGAACCGGACAGAUAACCUAGGCAGCUUCAAGCUGUACGUCCAGAGUCCUACACUUUCCGCAGUUCCUGGCUCGGCGACUCAGUCAGCUGGUCUCGGGGUUUCUUUUGGCCAAAAGGGCCAGGUCGAAAGAGCUCCACCCAUGGUCAAAUCAAACUCGUCUGGUGGCAUCAGUCGCAAUGGGUAUACAUCUCCAGUAGCCGAAUCGCUGGUCACUGACCCUGCUCUCAUGCAAAAGCAGGCUGAAGAAUAUCGACGACAGACGGAGGCUAAACAAAGGGCGUACCUGGAAUCUCGUCGAGCUCAAAAGGAGUCGACUUCCACAUACAGUGGCGGCGGAAUUCGAGGAAGCACGGUCAUAGACUUUGACAGUCCCCGCCUCUCACCGUUCGAAGAGAAGAAGGUCGAAAAUCUUGUGCCAGUCCGACGGCCACCCACAGCACCUGCGGAAUCCACCACGCUGACCAAGGUCAAUUCUCUUCGGGCCAAAGGAUCUGGCAAUCGAUCGUCCCUCGAUGCCUUGAAGCGAAUCUCUGAUCCCAUUGCUGAAGAGGACGCAGAGCGUGCAAAGAAGAAAGCUGCUUUCGUGGCCCUUCCUUCUGGUGGCAUUGGUGCCGCGUUGGCCAAUGUUGGCAAGAUGGCUGGCGCUCCAGCCACUUUGGGCAGCCAAGGGCCGCAACAGGAUAGAAGGGGUGUUGAAUUCAGUCGCAGUAAUUCAGGUGGGUCCUUUCGUCCCGACUUUACACGGGGCAAAGGUGAUAUGCUGUUCAAAGUUCCUAACUAUGAAGAAGGUUUCGCCGAUACCAACCAAGAGAGCCGGGCGCGGAAUGCUGCUUUGGAGAGUGCUCGGCGCUUUGGUCCUUCACCGGCGGUCAGUCCCUCGACUGAGGCGGCACCACGGCCAUUCCUGCAAACCCGAAAGUCGUACGGACCCGAUCUUGAAUUCAAAGAGACCAACGUUUCCUUUGCUCCUUCGCCCCAUCCGCUCAAGGAUGAUUCGGACGAUGACUCGGAUGAUGGGCUGUUCGCAAUCCCCCUGACAAAUAAGUCCUUGUCUAAGGACGAUAUGCCGUUACGCAGUAAAGAUCAGAGACCUACAUUGACGGUGGAUACGGACCAAAAUAUCAGCAAGAACGUACGGUUCAAGUCGCCAAGCUCAUCCAGUGGCAUGCAAAACACUGGCGACGAUAGCGCCACGGCCAGUGGAGAGGGCUACGACCGCAGUCUCUCCGACGGCAGCUUCAGUGGAUCUGCCCAGUCACCAGAUGACCGAAUGAAUAGGAGAGAUUCCUUCAUCAGUGACAUCUGGGCGAAUCGACCGGCGGUGGAAAAUGUCGUUCAUCAUCUCGACGAAUUCUUCCCAGGCGUUGAUCUCGAUAAGCCGUACCUAGAAGAGAAAGGCGACAACAACUCACCCAUGAGGACGACGGAUCAGGAUCCUCUUGACGCCCUCCAGGGACCUUCCACCAGUGUGACCUUUGGCACCGCUGGACUGGAUCUUGAGUUCAGCCGUAAGAGCGAAUCGGAUACUCUGGGGUCUGACGAGUCCACUCUCAAGGCAAAGGAUCGUGAUAAGGUUGCAAGUGUUGCACAGAGGCAAGUUGGCAAAGCGACAGGAGGCAUUUCUAGGAUGAAGUCUAUUCGUGAGGUCGCUCAGAAGCGCAACGACAUCAAGCGAGGCCCUUCGGUUGCUGCUCGCGUGGAACAGAAUAAUGCAAGCAGCAUUGUUCGCCGGAAGUCUACGAAGAUGUUUGGUGCGCAUAUCGUGCAGAUCAGACCAAAACCAGGCAGUCGAUUGUCCACGCUUGAUCCUAUUCCCCAAGAAGAAGUUCCCACGGACGAGACGCCCAAGCGGCAGGCAACCUUCAAAAUCAUUCGCGGUCAACUUAUCGGCAAGGGCACCUAUGGACGUGUGUACCUCGGCAUGAAUGCGACAACCGGUGAGUUCCUGGCCGUCAAACAGGUCGAGGUCAAUCAGAAAGCUGCGGGUCAAGACAAAGAUCGCAUCAAAGAAAUGGUUGCCGCUCUGGACCAAGAGAUCGACACUAUGCAGCAUCUUGAGCAUCCUAACAUUGUGCAAUACCUUGCUUGCGAACGGAGUCAGUUCUCUAUCAGUAUCUAUCUCGAGUACAUUCCUGGUGGCUCCAUCGGCAGCUGUCUGCGCAAGCAUGGAAAGUUUGAGGAGUCUGUGGUGCGAUCACUUACGCGACAAACCCUGGAAGGACUGGCAUACCUCCACCAAGAAGGCAUUCUGCACCGUGAUUUGAAAGCUGACAACAUCCUCCUCGACCUUGAUGGCACAUGCAAGAUCUCGGAUUUUGGCAUCUCUAAAAAGUCUGACAACAUCUACGGCAACGACGUUACCAACAGUAUGCAAGGCUCGGUGUUCUGGAUGGCCCCUGAAGUGAUCCGAUCCCACGGCCAGGGUUAUAGUGCCAAAGUCGAUAUCUGGUCGCUUGGUUGUGUGGUUUUGGAAAUGUUUGCGGGAAAGCGACCAUGGAGCCGAGAAGAAGCCAUUGGUGCCAUCUUCAAGCUGGGAAGUCUCAGCCAAGCACCGCCUAUUCCUGAAGACGUACAGUCGACAGCUUCGGUUGACGGGCUGAACUUCAUGUAUGACUGCUUCCAAGUCAACCCGACCGAUCGACCGACAGCCGACACCCUGCUUCGACAUUCUACCUUUUGUAUCCCCGACCCAUACUACAACUUCUACGACACCACAUUGGCUGCGAAGCUGAGAAACGUUGACGGUGCUGGGCUAGGCGGUUGA